UACAUACAGCGUUUUAGUUAACGCGGGAAGAGUUUAAAAAAUUAUACGAUUGAAUUCUAUGCUUACAACUAGCCUCUAGUGUGACUGCUAUUAUAUCAACAUUUGUCAUGACUUCCGUGUUUUUUCUACGAUUGUUGUGAAAGUAGUAAUUCUUAAGCGGGCCGUCAGCAUUCACGGCAUUCAGCUGUCAUAAAAUUAAGCACGCCGCCAAAUGAUAGUGGAUAUCUGUAAAUUUCAGUUGGCAACCACUGAUUUGGCAACAUUUAGCAUUGGUAGGGCACUUCACGUCGGACUAUCAUGUCUUCUGUAGAAUCAAUGUGUAGAAAUGUGUAGAAUUAUAAAAUUGAGUAAUGACUGUUGAUGUACACGUUUCUCGCGUUAUCGAAAUUGUCCUAAUGACCACAACGCCGCCACACACCCGAUACACCACUGAUUGUGGCGUCCGCCUGUUUUGUUCCUUCGUUCACGUGCGAGACCGGUAAAAUGGACGAUAUAGCAUCUAGAGUUCCCGAUCACGUAUUAGAAGUGAUAUUCUCCUAUUUAAAUUUGCACGAUCUGAGAAAUUGUUCACUGGUGUGUAAGAAUUGGUAUAGAUUUUUGAACGAUGAGAAUAACGAUGUAUGGCGGUUAUAUUGUAUUAGGAAACUCGCCGAAGAGGCACUCAAAUCAGAUUUGCUGUCAUCUGUUCCCACUUAUAAAGCAAAACUGCGGGCGUUUCACCACGCUUGGAACCCCAACGAUUGUUCCCGAAAUAUUUAUAUAAAGCCCAACGGAUUCACUUUACAUAGAAAUCCAGUAGCUCAAAGUACAGAUGCCUCUAGAAGUAAAAUUGGAUUUUGUCACGGUCGUCAUGCUUGGGAGGUGAUUUGGGAAGGACCCUUGGGCACUGUGGCUGUUGUAGGCAUAGCAACAAAAGAAGCAUCCUUGCUCUGCCAGGGGUACGUCGCCUUACUCGGAUCUGAUGAACAAUCCUGGGGAUGGAAUCUAGUCGACAAUCAUUUGUUGCACAAUGGGGAUAUGCAAGGAAAUUAUCCACUCCUCAACAAUGCCCCCAAGUAUCAAGUCGGCGAGAGGAUAAGGGUAAUACUGGAUUGCGAUGACAACACAUUGUCCUUUGAGAAGAACUUUGAAUUUUUAGGGGUCGCUUUUAGAGGAUUACCCGAUAAGAAAUUGUACCCAUCAGUUUCUGCUGUAUAUGGAAAUACCGAGGUUUCGAUGGUUUACCUCGGACCUCCGUUGGAUGGCUAAUAUUUUCCACAAACCUUUGGAACUGAACUCAUUCAACUUUCUGAAAAGUCUGCCAUGCCAGAUUAAUAUCACUUGCAAUUUCUUCAUCGCAAUAGGUCCAUUGCAAUGAAUAUUGCAUAUUGCAAUUGGUUAUAUCGAACUCGCUUGAAAUAGCUGAACUGGAAUGAUGACGCUUGAGAUAGGUGAAGAUUUGUACAUUGGUAAAUCUCGUCCAGAUGCGUCAUAUUCAUUGAGUUGUAUAAAGUCCAAAGCACAUUGGUUUGGAUGAGGCUAGGCAACCAUUUUUGUAUCACUUGUCAGUUUAUAGCCCAUUUUGAACGCCGAUUUUUAUGUUCUAUGGAGAGCCUCGACAAUUUCGAAGGUACAAAAAUUUAUGGCGUCCAUUACCAACCUGAUAAGCUUAUAUUAGAUAGUUUAGUUCUGUCCAAUAUACUGUUUAGAUAGGUACUUUCUGUUAACAGCGUGAUGAGAACGCUGGCAACAAUGGACGACAACGACGACGACGAUGACGAUGACGACGACAACGACGAUGAUUAUGAUUAUGAUGAUGAUGUGAUGAUGAUGGUGAUGGUGAUGGUGAUAAUAGUUAUAGUUAUCGGUAGUGAUUACGAUAAUAAUAACAUUGAUACGGAUAGGAAUGUUUAUAAUAAUUAAAAUCAUAUGCUCUGGCCAUGGGCUAACAAUAAGAACAAUUGUUAAAUAAAUAUUGAAAGUGAAAGUUUUAUAGGAGAUUCGAAGGUGGGGCAGAUGGUGAUCAGUACCAAGUCUAUCGUGGUUUCAAUAUUGGUAACAGACAAAAUCAGAUUCUAGUGUAUAUAUUUCUGACUAUCUGUUAACAUAUUUACCCUAGAAGAAUUUACCAAUUCAUUUUCCGAAAAUUUUGUACAGAAUUAUUUGUGUACAUAGCAAGUUAUCCCUAAAGAUAGUGUAAUAAAUUCUAUUUCGUAAGCAUCA